AUGCUGUCAACACUGUGUAAUGCACUGAUUCCUGUUCGCAACAGCAGAACCCUCUCCCUAUCGCCUUCGAUCCGGCACAUCUCACUUACCGGGGCAAUCGAACGUGGCCUCCGAAAAGGCCAGCGAACCCUUGAUGGAAAGCAGGUCGGAAUAGCCCGAGAGGGAAGACCAAGCGACGGCUAUACUAGGACACAGUCGGAGAAUCGAGCCCAGUCUGGAAGGUACAAUGGAGUGAAGACCGGUGGCUCGACCGAGCGAGUUCCGCAUGCUCUCCCAUACACCACCGCAGCUUCAGAGUUCAUCUACGGCACAUUUGCCGUAAACGCGGCGAUCAAAGCGGGACGCCGCCAACUCUACAAGCUCUAUAUCCAUGGAAUCGAUGACAACAAAGACUCUAUGGGAGGAAGAGCAACGCAGAAGCGCGCAGAAGCAGCAGGUGUCGAGGUAGUGAAAGUCUCGGGGCCACAAUGGCGGCACCUCUUCGAUCGAGUGGCAGAGAAUCACCCUCACAAUGGCUUUAUCCUCGAAGCCUCGCCCGUUCCGACACUGCCUGCUGUUCAUCUUCAAGAAUGUCAGGACCUCGGUGAACCUGUAUCGGUCAAGCUGGGUCCCGCUGCACUUGAUGAUGCCACGCUGGCGGCUGGCUUUCAGAUUGCCUCGACCACGGCUAGCAUCCGCCCAAGAGGAAGACAGCACAGAUAUCCGGUUCUGCUGUUCCUAGAUCGUAUCACCGAUCUCGGCAACCUCGGAGCAAUCCUCCGGAGCGCUUAUUACUUCGGUGUCAAUGCGGUGGUCCUGCUCGACCACGGCACCGCGCCACUAUCCGCUGUCACGGUCAAGGCCUCCGCGGGCGCUGCGGAGAUCGUACCCAUCUUGCGGAUCAAAGACGAGACGAGUUUCAUCAAGACGUCCAAGGAGAAUGGAUGGCAUUUUCUUGCCGCCAUUGCACCGGAAGACACGCCCUUGGUCAACAACCGAGUCGUCAUACCGGAGCACGACUCUGCUGAAGAAAGUCUAAAAGAGAAACCCAUGGUCUUGAUGCUGGGCAACGAGGGCGAAGGCCUGCGACCUCGCAUAGCCAGGAUGGCGAACAGCACGGUCAGCAUCCAAAACAUCUUUGGGAAGCACGGCGCGGUUGACAGCUUGAACGUCAGCGUCGCUGCCGGCAUCCUCAUGCAUGAUAUGUUACGCCCUUUUCUAGGCAAGAAGCCGAACCCUAAAUAG